AUCAGUUUUUACUAAAUGCGUCAUUUAGACUUUUCCCAGCAUGCACCCAUGCUACUUCCUUUCUUAAAGAAAUUCUGAACCUUACGGUGGUGUGACUACGUUUCGUGUCAAAAAAGGACUUAAAAAAUGCGUUACGUAGCAGCCUACUUGCUUGCAGCCCUCAGUGGCAACAACAGUCCAUCCGCAGAUGACCUGAAGAAAAUCAUCGGGUCUGUAGGAAUUGACUGUGAGGCUGAUAAAAUCACAAAAAUCAUUGGUGAAUUGAAAGGAAAGAACCUUGAAGAACUCAUCACUAAAGGUCAAGAAAAGCUGGCAUCUGUCCCAUCCGGUGGACCAGCAGCUGCCGCUGCCCCCGCUGCCGGAGCACCUGCUGCCGCCCCCGCUGAAGCUAAAAAAGAAGAGAAGAAGCCAGAGCCUGAGUCUGAAUCUGAUGACGACAUGGGAUUUGGUCUCUUUGAUUAAACUGAGGCUGUACAUGUUUUGAAAUAAACUGUACAUAAAAAAAAUAUUGAGUUGUUGUUUUAAGCAAGUAGAUUGAGAGUAAUACCAAAUGAUUUAUUGGUACAUGUACAUGAACAAUGCAUCGUGCUUUAUGCAAAAGAAGAUCCAAUGUACAGUGUUUGAGCUAAUGACUCCUUUCCUUUUAAAUGGGGGCUUGUUCAUCGUCUCGUGCCACGGUCUGCAUAGCUGUAACCUCCCUGUGGCUGCUUGAACACCUAAAUUAUAGAAAUCUUAAAUAUUCAUACAUUAGACGUCAUCUCUAAGGAAAAUAAUUGCUCAACCCUUAAAAAACUAUUGUAUCAACAAUAUAUUUCUGUGUAAAGUUAUGUCACAUCAAAGGAUUUCAACAAAGCUUUCCUCACAUUGGUUAAUGCAUGGGCUGAGUUGCAAGAUAUUCUUGGCCAGAUGAGAGAGGAUCAUACAUAUUGGCUGUGCUGUAUGACAUAGGGCCUGUUCAGCAGGUUCCCUACAGUGAUCAGUCUGAGUUCAACACCGUUCACCACAUACGCAGAUCAUAUUUUCUCUUCUCUUGACCAAGUCUGGCUUACACUUCACCCAUUGGAUGAGAAUGCUUUUGGGGGAAAAGUGUGACUUGAACUUGAACCAAGUAGACCUAUGCAAAAAUAUUUGUCGGAAGUACAUAUAUAUUCUAUUCUGAUACCUCACGAACUGGGUGUCUGGUUAAAAGAUCACUUCGGACCUCUGAAUUCUUAUCAUUUCUAGAUGCUUUUUAAGUGUCCUUCUGUAUUAAAUUUCCAGGACAAGGAUCAAGGGUUUUAAAAUCCUUGUUUGUGCCCCAUUUUCCCCUUGACAUCUGUAUUUACUACACCCUUUGCAGUGCAUAUCAGAUAAAGAAAAUGCAUAGAGUGUUGUUAAUCUAAAUUGGUUACGUCAAAAUAAAGUCGUAUAAAAUGCUUUCCACCCAAUUUUCCUGUACCCGGUAUGUAAGAGCUCUAUGAUAUGGUCACCUUAGUUUGUUCUUUGACUGAUAGCAAACACUUGUUAAUAUACUUUUGAUCGAAUGAAAUGUUUUGAGAGUGUUCCGCAUUAUUGAUUAAAAACCUUAUUUUUUGUCUAAAACAUUCAUGCCAUGUAAGAAUUAAUAAACGGAAUAAAAGAUGUGCAAAUUA